UUUUGGAAUGCGUCAACGUGCCAGGGAAUCAAGGCGAUCAGUUCUCCGUGCAAGUGGCGGUUGGAUCAAAGGUUUUUUCCACGGGUCCUCAGCCGUCCGUGAAGGCAUCGCUAGGGGAUGCACUCCUGCUGCCCGCCUUCAAUGCGGAGUUCUCCUUCCCCGUGCUGAACCUGGUGGAUCCAGUGCUCCUCUCGCUCCUCGACUCACAUGGAACCAUCGUCAGUCAGACAUCCCUCAGAGUGCCUGUCAUAGUGGAGAAGCGAUUUCGAGAUGAGAUGCUGACGUGGACCAAUAGCGCGCGUGUUCAUGUCAAGUCCAGCUUCAUGCUCACAGGAAUGGAGAAAGCCAAAAUCGCAUCCAUGGUUCGCCAGCAAGUUGAGUCGAGGCAGCAAGGCAUGGGAGCAAGCGGCAAGGCGGAUGAUGGGAGUGAAAGGUUGAGGGUAAUGGAUGGAGAGGAGGGGGAGAAGAGGGAGGAAACACGGAAGGAACGGGGAGGGAAAGAGAAUGGAAAGGAGGGCGGAGAGGAGGGGGGAGAUAAAGGGGUAGAGGAAGGGGUAAUGGAGAGGGGAGGUGAGGUGGGGAAGGAGGGGAGAAAAGCCACGUCAUCACCAUCAACACGAGCAGCAGCCGCUGCAGCAGCAGGGCUAUCAGCAGCAUCGACACGAGCAGCAGCAGCUGCAGCAGCAGCAGCAGCAGCAGGGCUAUCAACAGCUUCGUCCACUCUAGCACGGGUGGCGCAGGAGGACGGGUUUGUGGUGGAUAACGAGGCGCCUUCAGCAGUCCUUCCUUCAGCCGCCGCUGGUCUACAGGAGCUAGUCACGGUGCCACUGGGGGGAAUGGCAGCAUGGUCGGGUCUUUCACCAGCUCUGGCGUUGAGAGUGCUGGGUUGCACGCAUCAACCUCGGCAGAGAGACUCUCUGCGUCCUUUCCCUGGUCGGUACAGUGAUGUCAGUGGGUGGCGGAGAGGCAUGGGCAGGGGCGCGCUGGGGAGGGAGCAGGGGGAGCUUGCGGGGAGGGGGAAGGUUGGUGUGGGUAGGGCGGGGAUGAUGGGGCGGAGGGAGGGUGUGGGGCGGGGAGAGGGUGUGGGGAGGGGGGAGGGUGUGGGGAAGGGGGAGCACCUGGGGUUGCUGCUACAGCGGUGGGCAGAGGAUGACCGGUUUUGGGAGGAGGUGCGCCGACAGCGGAGGGAGGGGCAGGGAGCGCGGGGGGUCCAGCAGGGGGGACAGGGGGGCCAGCGGGUGUUGAGGAGAGGCCAGGGCGCUGGUGGCAGUGCCAGCAGUUUGAGAGCACUCGUAGGAGGCCCAGCAAGGUCGGAAGGGAGUGUGGUGGGCAGGUCGGAAGGGGGAGGAGGUGAGGAAGGAGGGGGGCUGAGAAGUGGAGGAGUGGCAAUGCCAGUGGCAGCAGCAGGGACAGCAAGUGCUGAGACAUCUGCAGUGGAUCCGGCUUUGGCAGGGGCUGAAGCAGGAGCAGGGGGGAGCAUGUCAGUAGCAGGCAGGGCAGCAGCAGCGCCAUCACCACUAGCGUCACUGCACGAGGGGCCAACCACCCCAGAAGGUUCAGCCACCCAUGGAGCGGCAGCAACGGCAGGUAUAGGUGUAUGUGACGCAUCCAGUUUGCGCUCCAAGGAGAGGCAGGGCGUUCACAGCAGCAGCAGGAGGGACAGCAGCAGGAGAGAGAGCAGCAGGAGAGACAGCAGCUGCCCCAGCAGCAGCGCUGCAACCGAUGCUGCCACCUAUGGCCAAGCCGCGUCCCCUUAUAAGCAGUCUCCUUGUAAGAGCUCCCCGCUGAAGCGACGCCCGCGCGCCAGCCAAGGGGCUGUGAUUGGGAGCGGUGAGAUGGUGAACCAGAGCGGUGAGAGGGAGUAUGGCGGCCGGUGGAGUGUCAGCAGUGGCUGGACUGGAACUGGCAGCUCUAGCAAGAGUGGCUCUUGCAGAGACUCUGGCUUUGUUAGUCGUACUUCAAGUCUCUGCAAUGGCAGUGGGAGUGCUAGGAGAAGAGGGGGGAGAGGAGGGAAUGAAGAGAAGGAAGGAAGGAAGGGGGAGGGAUGGAAGGCGGAGAGGGAGGGGGAGGGGGUGGAGAGGAGGCAGCAGGUGGGGCAGCGGAAGGGGGUGAGGAGUGUGAGGAGGCGGGCAGUGGCGGAGAAGGUGGGGGUGGUGGGGCAGGUGCAGCGGUGGAUGGAUGGGCUGGGACCUAUUGCUAAGCAUGUGCAGCGGUGGAUGGAUGGCCUGGGGCCUAUUGCUAAGCAUGUGCUCGCCAUCGGAGGGGUGGUGGUGCUGGCAGCAGCAGUGCUCGUGCCUCGCCCUGCCUCGUGCUCUCCCCCUCUCCCUCAAUGCCAACCCACUCAUCCCCCCCACACCUCAGGUGCUCGCCAUCGGAGGCGUGGCGGUGCUGGCAGCAGCAGUGCUCAUACCACGCCGUCCCAGGCAGCACGUUGA